AAAAAGGGAACUGUCAAUUUAGACUCGGACGUUUGACUCUCGCUAGAGUCAUGACCCGGCCGCCGCCGAGUUGGCGUGUCUCUUCCGCCAAGCGAUUAAGCGUUUUAGACUUCAGUGAGGAUGAUGACCGUGUUGAGAAGGACUCUUCGAAGUUUCUCGGCAAAUUUGCAAAACCUAAGAGGAAGCGUAACUUCACUUCUCCUAUCACCAAGUAUAAGUUCCUUGAGUAUUUUGCAGGAUGUACCAGGGUGCAAGAAAAGGAAAGUGCCAUCCAACACAUCGUUGUUGACGACGAAUCAGUUGAUAUUGACAUGGGAAUUGCAGGAUGCCCCGGGGCUCAGGAAAAGGAAAAUGCCAAUGAACCCAUCAUUAUUGACAAUGAACCAGUUGAUGGUGACAUGGGAUUUGCUGGAGGGAUAAGGGCUCCACAUAAGGAAAUUAGAGAUGAAUCAGUGGAUAUAGAUGUUAAUGAUGUAAGCCAUCCUCUCAAACUCUCACUUUCACCUCCAAUAUGCAUCCUACAAGAAGAUUGUAUAGUAAAGGAAGCUUCUCGUUUGGAUGCAAUGAUGCUAUCUGGUUCUCCCAAUUAUGAGAACAAGUCAGUGCAUAUGAUCUCGGAUGAUGAUGAUGGAAGUGAAAUAAGUUCUGCAUCAAUUUCCAUCUCCGCUCUAAAAGAGACUGAAGUUCCAUUGAAAGAUCCAGUACCGGAAUCUUCUUCUGUUGGGCAUAAGAUUGAUAUUUUAAAUAAUGCAGUUGUUGUAUUCCCUGAUGUUAUCCUAUAUGAAGACAUAUAUUGUACAGACUCUCGCUUAACUUUCUCGAGAAGUUACAUCAGAGUUGAGGGUUCAAUUGUAAAUGGGGCCAAGGGAACAUUUAAUGUUGAGUGGGCAAUAAGUGACAUUAUUAGUAUUGAAUCUGAAUGGUGUCAGAGGGUUGAGACUGCUAUAAUUAAUCUUCUCUUUAAGAGAAAUGUUUUCAAAGGAGCUGGAAAUGCAAAUGAAACUUCAGCCAUUGACAAGUUGACGUUUUCAGUUUAUGAUCCAUGUUGGUUUGAAGGACAGCAAGCAAUCAAAUCAUUGGAUGUCAGAUACAGAUCUAUCUGGAAUGUUAUUUUUGAGGAAAAGGUUGAUGAUGCUUUUUCAAUGUCAAACAGCAUGGCCAUCGCAAAGCCUUGUCUGAAUGUUCUUGAUGAGCCUUUUGAAAAUAUUAUUUAUCCAAAAGGGGAUCCUGAUGCUGUUUCAAUUAGUAAGAGAGAUGUGGAGCUGCUACGCCCAGAGACAUUCAUCAAUGAUACUAUCAUUGACUUUUAUAUAAAAUUUUUAAAGAAUAAAAUUCAACCAGAGGAUCAGCACCAAUUCCACUUCUUUAAUAGCUUUUUCUUUCGGAAGCUUGUGGAUCUAGACAAGGACCCAAGAAAUUCUUGUGAGGGCAGGCAAGCAUUUCAAUGUGUUCAUAAAUGGACAAGAAAUGUGGAUCUUUUUGAGAAGGAUUACAUUUUCAUUCCUGUGAAUUAUAGCCUUCACUGGAGUUUGAUUGUCAUUUGUCAUCCGGGUGAAGUGGCCAAUUUCAGAGGCAAGAUGAUGAAUCUGGAAGGGCUCUUAAAGUAUCAUGCAUCUUGCACAUGGAUUCUAUUAGAGGAAGUCACAGGGGCCUCAAGAAUCUUAUUCAAAGUUACCUAUGUGAAGAGUGGAAAGAGAGGCAUAGUGACACUCUGGAUAAUGUAUCUUCAAAUUUCUCACUUUUACCGUUUGUCCCACUUGAGUUGCCCGCAGCAAGAAAAUUCAUUUGACUGUGGCCUUUUUUUGCUCCAUUAUGUGGAACUGUUUCUUGAAGAAGUUCCUAUUAACUUCAGCCCUUUCAAGAUAACUGAAUUCUCAAACUUCUUUAAUAGGAAUUGGUUUCUACCUGAGGAGGCUUCUCUUAAACGAGCUCACAUUCGAAAGUUAAUUUGUGAAAUUAUUGAAGAUCAGUCUCAGCAACUUCCUAAAGGGGAAUCUGUUGAUAAGUAUCCUUGCUCCCACUUUGCAAGUACAAAUGAGGAAGAAACUGGAGUAGAGUUCCUUACAGUGGAAUAUAGUUCUCUGAAAAUGUGCGAGGGUCAUCCUUCUAGUCCUAAUACCGAACUGGGGAAUGAGAUUACACUUACAUCAGCAUCUUCUUUGAGUGUGGUACCACAAAAAUUAAAAGAACCAGGAUUGGAAUCCAGGGAGUUUGAGCCAGAAACCAGUGCUAGACUAUUUUAUAGUAGAAAUUGCUCACGAGCAUGUCAUCAAAGUUUCACGUCACCAGUAGAGAAGGCAGAAGAAAUUGGUGAGCAAAUCUCUGAUUCAUUGUCGGAUGCAAAAAAGUCUUGGAAACAGAACUAUAUGCAGGUUGAGGAACUUUAUGAUGUCAACUCAAGUUCCAUAACAUCUGUGAGCGAGUCCCAGAAAUCAUCAGAAAUAGGAUUAGAUGAUCAUGAUUCUGGUAAUAUAAGAGAAACUGCAGGACAGGAAUCUUCUUCAACAUCGACUGAAAACCUUUCAGCUUAUAUCGUUGAAGAUUCUCAAGAGGCAAAGGGCUUGCAUACUGGAAAUGAUGCUACCUCAUCCGAUGAAGAGCUCAAAGGAAAUCGAGAGAACAUCUCCCCAGGAAAAAUAAUGUAAUGAGGAGCAAUGAGAUUUGGUUUCAGAAUCAGAUGAAGAGGCUGCAAAAAGAAAUGCAAUUUGCAUGUGAAAGAUAUACAAUUUUCCUUGUGAGGCAUUAUAUGAUGGGAACAGGGGCUUGGUUAAUAGUAUAUAUCCUCCGUUUGGCUGAUUCCGUAAAAA